CUUAGCUUCGUCUUCAUAAGAGGGAAAGGGCUCUCCACCCCCUCAUUCGUUUGUGAGAAGCAGCGAGACAUCAGCAUCAUGCCCGAGCCAGCAAAGUCCGCGCCCAAGAAGGGCUCCAAGAAAUCCGUCACCAAGACCGCAGGGAAAGGCGGCAAGAAACGCCGAAAGUCGAGGAAGGAGAGCUACGCCAUUUACGUGUACAAAGUCCUGAAGCAGGUCCACCCCGAUACCGGCAUCUCCUCCAAGGCCAUGGGAAUCAUGAACUCGUUCGUGAACGACAUCUUCGAGCGUAUCGCCGGAGAGUCGUCUCGCCUGGCCCACUACAACAAGCGUUCCACCAUCACCUCCAGGGAGAUCCAGACCGCAGUGCGCCUGCUGCUCCCCGGAGAGCUGGCCAAGCACGCAGUGUCCGAGGGCACCAAGGCCGUGACCAAGUACACCAGCUCCAAGUAAACAGCCCAUUUGGAGUGCUGUAGUAACCCAAAGGCUCUUUUAAGAGCCACCCAA